UCCUCCGGCGAGCCGAGCCAGGACAGCCUGGGGCUCGGGCCCCGGCGGACGAGCGCCGCGGGGCGGCCGCCGAGGCUGGGGGCCCCUCCCGCGGCGCCGCGUCCUCCUGCGAGGCCUGCUCCAGGGGGAAGAAGGGCGUGCGCCGCGAGGCCAUUUUGCCCAGGGGCGAGGGACAUGCUCGUCGCUGGGGAAAACCGCAGCCGCGGGGCGGGGCGGUCUUCGCCCCGCGGGCCCCUGGAGCGCCAAAGACGGCU